AUGUUUUCGGUGCUUUCUGCCGGUGCUUGUCGCGUUUCAACAGUGUUCGCGCCGAAACGGACGUGGGAGAUCCGUUACCCUUCGACGGAUGUCGGACUUCCGUCGACGGAUGUGGGAUAUCCGUUGAAGGAAAUUGCAAGAACACGUGGUGCAUCUUUUAGUUCUCGUGGAGAGAGUUCUCGAGGAGAGAGUUCGUCGCAGGGCGAAGCUCGGAGAAGAUCUACCGUUUCUGCUCGUAGAAGUCGUGCAGCUCCUAUCCAGGAUGACCCCAUAGCUGAGGAGCGAGCCGUUGAGGAACAAACAUAUGAGGCGUAUGAGACUCAUGGUGAAGAGAAUGCAUUUACGGCCCCUAACGACGAUGAUGAUGAGGAGGAGCAUGUGGAUGUUCAUGACAUACAAGAGGAUGUCGGUGGAUUUCCUGGAGGUCCACGUGAUGGUUCAUUGCUGACCCACUAUGUUCAGCAUGUAGCUUAUGCUAUUUCACAAGGCCGGGAUCGAGGGGACACGCUGAAGUUGAUCUCUCAUGGAAAAAAAGUAAAUAAGUUAGGACCAUGCCACGAGGGAAUUCAACACAUUGUGUUGAAUUCCAGUUUGAUGCCUCUUACAGGGAUUUGUUAUGAUUACGUUGAUAAGGGGUUACUCCUCGGAUUCAUAGAGAGGUGGCAUUUUGAGACCAGUAGUUUCCAUCUCCCUAUAGGGGAGAUGUCGAUUACUCUUGACGACGUCUCGACAUUACUUCACCUACCCGUGAUGGGGCAAAUGUGUGAUUUGGAGGAGUUGGAGUUUGAGGAGGCUCGUACAGCCCUUGUGCAACUACUCGGCGUUGAUGGUGGCACAACAGGUUCUGAGAUGGAGGACGCACGUGGUCCGAAAGUCAGACUCAGCUGGCUUAGAGAGAUAUAUGUUCAGAGGUGUGAGUCGCAGCAUUGGGACUAUGCUGCUAGAGCAUAUUUGUUGCAUCUAGUAGGAUGCACAAUUUUUGCAAAUAAGAGUGCCAGUUCUAUACGCGUGUCUUACUUAUUGUUAUUUAGAGACGUACACGCGUGUGGCAGAUAUGCCUGGGGUGUUGCUGCACUCGCCUAUUUGUACGACCAGCUCGGGGAUGCGAGUCUCGCCUCCACGAAGCAGAUGGCUGGAUAUUUGACUCUAUUUCAGAGUUGGAUAUAUGAACAUUUCCCUAGUAUGGGGAGGAGGCGGUUGGUAGCUUCUUAUGAUGACACCACACCACGUGCCAUGAGGUGGCAGAGCCCUAGGCAGAGUUCCACUCUCACAGAGAUUCGAUCACAGUUGGAUGCGCUGACAUACAGUGGAGUUGUAUGGCAUCCGUAUGAGGGGCAUCGGGGCAUUCGGCCAUUCUUCGGCAUCUGUAUGUAUUCUGGAUGGAUUCGGAUUGGUGACACCCUUUGUCGUCAUUUGCCUGAGCGUGUGCUGAGGCAAUUUGGGUUUCAGCAAGACAUUCCACGAUCACCGACUACGGUUCCAGAUGCAGAUGUAGUGGCCAUUGAUCAUAUGUGGUUGCACUUCAGAGCUCACGUUGUGAGUAAUGUCAGACAUGCAGCAUCCCCUUCUGACUGUGUCGAUGGUUACAUUCAAUGGUUCAGGAGGGUUUCGCAUCCUUAUAUUAUUGUUGCUGCAGAUGACGCGCGACUGGCUCUUGCACCUAGACAACGCCCCGAUGUUCCACGGGAGGCACGAUCCCAUCGUAGAUCGUCUCCACCUUCACCAUCUGGCGCCCUGGCUAGAUUUAGGCGAAUGGCGAGAAUGUUACAGUCCUUGAUAUCGUGUCGUCAUGUCACCGAGGGUACUGUUGCACAUCAGGUGUCAGUGGACCUGCUUCAGAUUGCCAAUGAAGGCAUCGACGAAUAUUCCACGACUAGGAGAGAGCAGAGGCAUGACUUUAUAUUUUCUUUGUAUUUGUAA